AAGAUAUGAUUAACAAAUUCAAUCGCAGACAAACGGAUUCAAAGCCAGGUAUUUUGGAAAUAGAGGACGAUAUGUCUCUCCCGGAACAAAAUUCAGAAAAACUUCCAAAAAGUGGCGAUCGAAAUAUAAUUGAUCCACCUCACGGUGUAAAAGCAAGCGUUUCCCCUCCAUUUUCGCCAAAUGUGUCAGUACCUAGAACUUUACCUGCAACACACCUUGAACGCCAGAAGGUAUCCCAUACCAAAGACAGAAAUAUCUUACGAACAACUGAAGAGGACAGAAAGAAUAAAAACAUUUGGAAGGAUAAAAUCAAGAAUGAAGCGAAGAAUGAAAUCAAAGGCGAAAUCGAGGAUGAAGUCAAAGAUGAAAUAAAAAGUGAUGAAAAGGUACUUUUGGAUGAAAACGAAUUUUGCGAUCUGAUAACUUGCACGAAAGAAAAAUCUGAAAAUGUAGAUUUAGGUGCAAAUGGAAUUUGCGACUCGAUGACUUGCACGAAAGAAAAAUUUCAGAAAGUAGACAAAUAUAGAGAGGUAGAUUUGGAUUCGAACAGAGAUUGCAUUUGUUCUGAAACUUGUGACAAUUUUUCAGAAACACGCACGAAGCAUGAUAGAGAAGACAAGAUCUCUCCUACGAAAUUAACAGAAAUAAUCAAUAGCUCGAUCAAAGAAGCGAUGCAGAAUAUCGUGAAGCAAUGUAAAAUGGUAUUUAAGAUGCAAGUAUCCAGGAUACUUCAAUUUUCUACCACAUUUUUAUUGUCAGUGUACGCGCAAACAAAAUGAAGGAAAUAAUUAUUUUAAUGUAUUAUGUGUUUUGCGUUUUAAAAAGCAGAAAGAAGAAAAAGAUGCCGAUAAGAAGCCAAAAGAAGAAGCUAACUUUGAUAAAGUUUGCUACGUAGAUAAGGAAGGAAUUUUAGUAAAAAUGAAGCACGAGCAUCAACCACGUACCACUCGGAAUAGUUCAACGAUAGAACGAUUACGUAAAAAUAACGAGCAGUUCGAUAAUCGUUUAAAAUCGAAUCGUCUUCGAGAAAAAUAUAAUAGUGCACGCACGAAUAUUAGAAAAUUACACGAGGAAAAAGGAAAACGUCAGAGUAAAAAAGAUAACGCGUUCGAAGAAGUAAAGAAAAAGAAGCACUCAAGAUUAUUAAACAAUGUAAAAACUGAUAAUCGUAGGAUGACUGGAAACGUGAACAUUUAUAUCUGUUCGGAAGCCAGCGAAAAUAUCCAAGUAAUUCUACUUUUUAUUCGUCUAUAGCAUUUCGUUUAAAAAAAAUUGUCCAUUGUUACUAUUUUAUUUGUUAGGCAACUAGUAAACAAGACAAAUCUCAAUCAUGCACGGAAUCAUGUUCAGAAACGACGACGGAACAGUCAAAAGUUUCGUCGAGCAAACUUGUCACUUCAAUUCGGAACAAGCGCAGAAAAUUUCAAGAACAGGAUUCGAUCGAUCUUGUAAAAAGUGAAGAAAGUAACGAUGACAGCACUACCUAUAGUUCAGGUCCAUACGGAGACUCCAAAAACACGCUAAAAGUAGAAAGCUGUAAUUUUAUCGACGUCUAUGACAACCUUGACAAAGAUGUCCGUGUAAGCACUGACUCUAUUUUGACCGAAUGUGGAUGCAAGGACAUCGAUAAUAGCGAUACUCUCAUGACAAUUGAUAAGUCAGACUUGUCGUUUGAAAAAUCGAAAUUUGUUAUAUGCGACAAAAUAGAGAAACCUUGCUCCACGAUUUAUACAACGAAGACUUUGACAGACUCGGAGAGCGACGGAUGGUCAUCGAAAUCGAUUUACAGCAGUCGAAAUACAGAUGUAUGUGUUUCAUCCGACGCUUGGUCAGUAGAGCCUAAUUUAAAUUAUCGUAUUAACGAUAGCGAACAUUGUACAUUGCCUAUAAAAACUCGUGAAAGUAUAUGUAAAUAUCGUAAAAGAGAUCAAGGACUAAUUGAUAGGUCUAAUCUACGAUGCAGUUGUAAGAGCAGAAGACCUUACUCUAAGACAGUAAACAAAGAAUCAUGGAUGACUUGUAAUUGUAUAAGAGAGGAAGAAGAAGACGUAUGCGUCGAUGUGAAGACUAUCGAAAAGUUUGAAAAGCCGACUGUAAAAGAGAAAGAAACAACAACUAUUUGUCAUAAACCUUCAGAAGAUUUAAAAGAAACGACGACGUUUGUACCAUGCCCAAAAUAUUCUGUGGAUUUACAAGAACGUAUAGAUAAAUUAAAGGAAGAGCCUGCUGAAGAUGUGGAGGUCAUGGAAAAAGAAAAGGAUACGAAAGAUUUGCCCGAGGAAGAAAAGUUACCUACUGAACCAGAAAAAAGCAAGGAAUCGGGAGAAACUCCACCCGACAUGCCAAAGUUUGUCCCAUCAAGAACGAUAAGACCUGAAGUAAUUGUACUUAAACAGUUGUUGAAACAACCUAUACAACCGAAACCUGUAGGAAUUAUUGAUAUUUUGCCAAUUCCUAUUAUGAAAACAGAUAUUUUGGAACAAUCGACAAAAGAUACGGUUGAUUCAAAACCAGAAACCCAUGUACCGCCGACUAUUUCUAAAAAAUACAAGUUGCGUAAGGAAUAUAGCAAAAUUGAACCAAAGCAACCAGCAAUUGAAGAGAAACGAAAGUUGUCUCAGAAAAAAGAUGAAGAAAUAUUGAAAGAGGAAUCAGCGGAAAAAAAGUUGGAAGACGAAACGUUAGAAGAGAAAGGCAAAGGCAAAGCUAAAGAUAUGAGAAAAGCUGAAAAGAGAACAUUAGAAGAAAAAGACGACAGCAAAAUUAAAGAUACGAAGACAUCGGAAGAGAGGGAGUUAAAGAAAGAAGACGAUAGCAAAAUUAUAGAUACGAAAAAAGCAGAGGAGAGAGAGUUAAAGAAAGAAGAUGACAGAAAAAUUAAAGAUAUGAAAAAAGCAGAGGGGAGGGAAUUAAAGAAAGAAGACGAUAGAAAAAUUGAAGAUACGAAAAAAGCAGAGGAGAAAGAGUUAAAGAAAGAAGACAGCAAAAUUAAAGAUACGAAAAGAGCAGAGGAGAGAGAGUUAGAGAAAGAAGGCGACAGCAAAAUUAAAGAUAAGAAAAAAGCAGAGGAGAGAGAGUUGAAGAAAGAAGACGACAGCAAAAUUAAAGAUACGAAAAGAGCAGAGGAGAGAGAGUUAGAGAAAGAAGGCGACAGCGAAAGUAAAGACACGAAAAUCAUCCAACAAAUAUUGGGACCAUCGCUUCUUUUCAAAGGCUUAAAAAUGAUUACAGGUAAAACAGAACGUCCAGAACCAAAGCCUGAAGAAUUUGUGGAACCUGCAUCGCCUGAUGUUAUUAUCGAUAAAACUGUUAAAAUUCCUGAAACAGAAACUAGCGAAUUUCCAGAGAAAUCUAAAGACGAUACAAAAGGGGAGGAAAAAUCUAUUCCCUCUAAAUUGUUCACAUAUAUACCGAAAAAAAUACCUAUACCGACAAAAAUACCUAUACCAACAAAAAUACCUAUACCGACAAAAAUACCUAUACCGAUGAAAAUACCUAUGCUGAAGAAAAUACUUAUACCGAAGAAAAAUGAUAAACCUGAAUCGAGUACAGAUAAUUCAAAAAAGCAAUCUGUAAACGAGGAAAAUAGAAAUAACAAUAAAAAUCCGAAUAUAGCUAAUUCAAGGAAACCGCCUGUAUACGAAGAAAAUAAAAAGAACAAUAAAAGCAAUCCUGUUUCUAAUCCUUCGCAAUCCACCAAAGGAGAAAUAAAAAAUAAUGCAGAACAUAAAAUAAAUUCUAAUGUCAGCAAAAAAAGUCCAAACAAAUCAAAUUUAUUAAUUGUUACUAAUAGCAAAAAUCCGCCUGUUUCGCCAAUUCAAAAUGUCGGUAUUGAAUUAGGAAACCAAGGAAAUCCUAAAAACGAUAAAAAAAUAUCUGAAACUCAAGAUGUGCCUAAAAAUCGCGAAAUUCAUGAAUCGUUGACGAAGCCACAGCUUGAGAAGGGAAUCGACGUUGAAGAAGAAAAAGGACUUGAACCGCAGAUUACUAAAACUCAAGAAGACAAGUCAGGUGAAAAAAUGAAUGUUAUUGUGCAUUCUGAAAAAGAAUCUAUCGCGGUAUCUACGCAACCUGACAAAUUCGACUCUCGUAUGAUAUGUACAAACACAAACCCAAGUUAUACAAAGCAUACGGGUGUUACCGAUUAUAUUGCAACCGAAAAAAACACAUGCAAUUGUUAUUAUUUACCGAUGCGUCAAUACAAUAACGAACCUAUGAAUUAUCCUAAAAGUUGCUUAAAAAAGGAAAGAUCGUGUUAUCAUACUAUUUCUCAAGAAAGUAAUCGUGCGAUUCCAUACCGCGAUAAAAAAACCUGGGAGGAGUGUAGUUGUAGAAGAAUAAUUCCUUGCAACAAUUUUUGUAGAUCACGGAACGAAUGCAGUUGUAGAUUGAUGGUAAACUGCGUAAACUGUUACAAACCUCAAAAUAAAUGCAACUGUAAAUUAAUUUACGAAAGGAAAAGCAGUAGUGGGUACAUGAAAUCGAUGUUUUGUCUUUAUUGCGAUAAACCUCGCGACAAAUGCACGUGUAUGGCGAUAGCACGAAAAUGUUCGUACUGUGAACUGCCCAUAGAUAUGUGCACGUGUAAGGAGCAGAAAACAAUUUGCGAUGGAAGACCGGUCCUGACCGAGUCUAAUAACGAUCGCACUAUGUACGUCACUGCGUGGAAGCCUAGAGAAGAAGUACGACGUUACUUUUCUAGGAAUUUAACCGAUCUUAAAACCGAUUCCAUCAAUGAAUGCUGUUGCUGCGAGAAACUUAAACAGCAUAACUCCGAUGACCUUCCUUAUCAACGAUUGAGCGUUUUUUCUGACGUGAUGGAUGAAUUGCAGCAAAAAAUAAUCGAAUCUACGUGUUGUGCGCGUUGUCAAAAAGUUCCUUGCUGUUGUAAUGUUAAUAUAGAGAGAGAUGAGAGAAGAGAAGAUAGGAAGAUAAAGUAUUGUAUCAGCCCUAAAACACGACGGAAGAUUAUCGCCGUAUGUAUGGAAAAAGCGAAAAAUAAAUCAUUGAAUAAUUGCAAAUAUGAGUCUAAUCACGCAAAGAGCGACAAACAGAAAAAAGUAUUAGUAGCACUUUGUUGUGUUUGCAAAGCAACACCCUGUAGAUGCAAGAGAUCUAAAUCCAGUCAGAAAAAGCUGAAAGCGAAAUGUUAUUAUUGUAAAAAUUCACCGUGCAUCUGCAUUGCGGCCAGAGAGCGCAACAAGUCGAGGCCAUGCAGGUGCACUGAUUCACCUUGCCGUACGAAAGAGAAGGAAAGCACAUCGUAUGGAAAAACAUCUACGAAACCGAAGAACAAUGACGAAAAGACAAUUUGCGUGCACUAAUGUGACACCUGUCGUUACUUGACUUACAAUUUGGAAUACAAAGUCAAUUGGAGCAAACUACCACUCAGGAUUUUUAAACAAAAGCCAACAAACGAUUUACAUUUUUCGAAAUUUUCGAAAAUGAACCCCUUCUUCAUAAUCUUCGAUAAUAUCUUUAUACAUAACAAAAUUUAUUUGAAUUACAUUGUUAAGAGCGUUCUACGAACAACGGUUCAAACGAUUCUGCUGCAUUCGCAAUUUUUCAUUUUUCACAAUCAAAGACAGCAUUUUUAUUUAGCUGAUAAUCGAACGUAUCUUCCUGCCACUUCUCUUUCUACAGAAUUUUUAUGAAAAUUUUCUAGUGUCAUUUCCUUUUUUUCCUUUUUCAAAAUUGAUCAAAGUAUAUAAUAGUGUCGAGGAUUUAAUUAUAAAAUUUCAAGUAUGUUUACACUAAAAUAUAAUUCAGUUUGUUGCAUUUUACUAAAUCAUUCCCUCUUAUGUGUAUAUAUAUAUAUCCAUAAUCAUAAAAAAAACAAGGUAACUCUGUUUUAGUUACGAAAGAACAUUUGACAUAUUGCAAAACGCUCUGAUUACGCAGCAAUAGUUCACAUAUUAACGGAACGAAUAUUUCAUUUUGUAAAUUUUAACGGAUAUAACGAUAUAACAACAUAGUUGCCUUUUUAUGUAACAUAUGUAAAAUAAAAAUUAAAAUCAAAGAUAUUAAAUAUUAAUAAAUAUUUGCGUAUGUCACAGACGCGUUAAGGCAAAAAUGAAUGA